CAGUCCACCGAAGGUUUAGCACAUGCGCCGCUGUCCAAGCGGCUUUGCUUCGCUUGCAUCUGCUGCCUGUGUGUCCAUCAAUAGUUCCAUUCCGUCUUACUUCUCUUUGAGGAAUCACUCUCCUCCCUGUAAGGAAUCCCAGUGUGACGAGCACCAACCAGCGCAGGAGCGUCAAGGCACCAACGGCCGUCACUUAAUACCACGGAAGGAGGACCGGAACCAUCGAGGAGGAACCCUCGAACACACGACGCGCCCGUCGGAAGGUGCCUUUCUUUGACCACUAAUUUCUCAGCGAGGAAUCCCGGCGUGGCAAGCAUGAGCCCGAAUCAACCAGCGGAGAAGCGUAAAGGGACCAACAGCCGGCACGAGACUCUACCGAAGCAGGACCGGAAUCAUCGAGGAGGGAACACUGGGACACACGACGCGCCCAUCGGAAGCCUCGAAUCUUCGACCUCAAACUUUGCAGCGAGGAAUCUCGGCGUGGCGAUUACCAGCGCAGGAGCGUCAAGGAACCAACAGCCGGCACGAGACUCCACCGAAGACGGAUCGGAACCAUCGAGGAGGGAACACUCGGACGACGCGCCCAUCGGGAGCCUCGAUUCUUCGACCUCAAACUUCGCAGCGAGUGUCUUUCAACGCGCGCGACACGAAACCGAAAGCAUGGCGGGGAAUUCUUGGGAAUGUCACGACUGCAACAAGACGUUCAGUAAAAAAUCGACCCUUUCACAUCAUCGUCGAAUCCAUCAGAUGGAUGGGCUGUUCGAGUGCACAGUUUGCACCAAGAAGUUCACUCGAAGAGAUCACCUAAAUAGACAUAUCAGAGUACAUACAGGGGAGAAGCCUUUCGAGUGCGCAGUUUGCAACAAGAAGUUCAAUCAAGCUAGUAACCUUCUAUCUCAUCUUAGAACUCAUACCUGGGAGAAGCCAUUCGAGUGCACAGUCUGCAACAAGAAGUUUAGUUCCACACAAGGUCUCCGAAAUCAUCUUGGAAACCAUACAGGGGAGAAGCUUUUCGCGUGCGCAGAUUGCAACAGGAAGUUCAAUCAUGCUGGUAACCUUCGAUCUCAUCUUAGAACCCAUACAGGGCAGAAGCCUUUCGAGUGCGCAGUUUGCAAUAAGAAGUUCAAUCAUGCUGGUAACCUUCGGACUCAUCUAAGAACCCAUACAGGGGAGAAGCCUUUCGAGUGCACAGUUUGCAAUAAAAGAUUCAAUGAAACUGGCUCACUCCGAAAGCAUCUUCGAACCCACACUGGAGAGAAGCCGUUCGAGUGCACAGUUUGCAACAAGAAGUUCAGUGAAACUGGCUCACUCCAAAUUCAUCUUCGAACCCAUACUGGGGAGAAGCCAUUCGAGUGCACAGUUUGCAACAAGACGUUCAAUCAAGCUGUUAAUCUUCGAUCACAUCUUCGAACCCAUACAGGGGAGAAGCCAGCGGAGUGCACAGUGUGCAACAAGAAGUUGAGUAGUUUACAAAGUCUCGGAUCUCAUCUAAAUACCCACACAGGGGCGAAGCCUUUUGAGUGCUCAGUUUGCAACAAGAAGUUUAGAUCUGCACCAGGUCUCCGAAGACAUCUUAAAACCCAUACAGGGGAGAGACCAUACGAGUGCUCAGUUUGCAACAAGAUGUUCGGUCAAGCUGGUCACCUUCGAAAUCAUCUUAGAACCCACACAGGAGAGAGGCCUUUAAGUUUAGGCAAGAAGCCACUCUCAAAACUCACCUGAAAACCCACACAUCUCAGGAAAAAGAAGCGCAAUGAAGCAAUAGUCUUUUCGAAUUGUCUCUGAACUCACAGUGGCUGUUUCAUCCACAGUAAAGACAAAGAAUUCAAGCUGAGAGAACUUCGAACGUGGUUGAAAAACAGAGAGGGUGACCAAAAGUGCUUUUCUCCUUAUUUGUAGUGCAUUAGUUUUAAGUGCCAGUGGGUUAAAUGCCACACUAUUUUCUUAACUGGACGUUUUUAAAAUGUUCUUCAAUUGAGGUAUUUGUAGUGUCUUGACUUCACUUGUCACGUUUGACAAGGUGUUUUCCUUAUAUGGUGCCCUUUGUUUCCUUAACACUGUAAAUAAAAGUAUUAAAAGUGUUGCAAAUGCAGUCGAA